AUGAUGGCAAAGCUUGGGAUUUUGGUUGCUGUUGCUGUGUUUUUAGAGACGGUCUCUGGGGCUUCUCUUGGGGUGGUGUACACAGAGGGAGGGAUGGUGAAGGGCAAGAACAUUCGUCUUGGUUUCCGCCGUCACAUGGACGUCUUCAAGGGAAUUCCCUUUGCUGACAUUCCUGGGAGGUUUGAGAAACCAAAGCGUCACCCUGGCUGGGAUGGCAUCCUGGAAGCAACUGAAUUCAGGAAAAGAUGCCUUCAGCUGACCCUUCUCAUGACUGAUACCAGAGGUAGUGAGGAUUGUCUUUACCUGAACAUCUGGGUCCCACAUAGACGCACAGUUUCCAAAGGUCUGCCUGUCAUGGUCUGGAUCUAUGGAGGAGGCUACCUGGCUGGAGGCUCGAUGGGUGCAAACUUCCUGGACAACUAUCUGUACAGCGGGCAGGAGAUUGCAGACAGAGGAAAUGUUAUCGUGGUGACACUGGGAUACCGUGUGGGAACUCUGGGCUUCCUGAGCACUGGAGACUCUAGUUUGCCUGGAAACUAUGGUCUUUGGGACCAGCAAGCUGCCAUUGCUUGGGUGCACAGGAACAUCCGCUCAUUUGGAGGAGAUCCUGACAAUGUCACCAUCUUUGGAGAGUCUGCAGGUGGAGCUAGUGUCAGCUUCCAGACACUCACACCCCACAACAGAGGGCUGUUCAAGAGAGCCAUCUCCCAGAGUGGGGUUGCCCUUUGCCCAUGGGGCGUCUCCAAGAACCCCCGCAGAAUCGCUGAGGAGGUUGCUCUGAAAGUCAACUGCCCCACCGAUCACAAUAUGGCAGCCUGUUUGAAGAUGAGUGAUCCUCGGCUCCUAACGUUGGCCAGCACUAUCAAUCUGUCCACCUCACCCGAUAAUCCUGUAGUAAAGAACCUUGUUCUGUCUGCUGUGAUUGACGGCGACUUCCUGCCCGAUGAGCCUUAUAACCUGUUCCACAAUGCCGCUGACGUCGACUACAUCGCUGGAGUCAACAACAUGGAUGGACACAUCUUCACUGGAUUAGAUGUUCCUUCAAUCAAUUCCCCCCUGGUAGACACCCCUCUUGAGGAUGUGAAGAGACUCCUGGGUUCAUACACUCAAGAGAAGGGCAAGGCUGGUUUGGACUACGCCUACUCCGUAUACACUUCAGACUGGCCAUCAAAUCCCAGCAGGGAGACUGUCAAGAAAACAAUUGUGGCCAUUGGAACAGACUACAUCUUCCUGGUUCCUACACAGGCUGCCCUCUACCUUCAUGCUGCCAACGCUACAACUGGCCGCACCUACUCUUACCUCUUCUCUGAGCCCAACCGUAUGGCUGGCAUUGGCAGGCCGUACCCUAGCUGGGUGGGAGCUGACCAUGCUGAUGACCUUCAGUACGUGUUCGGAAAGCCUUUCACCACACCACUGGGAUACUGGCCUCGUCACCGUGAUGUCUCCGGCUACAUGAUCGCCUACUGGACCAACUUCGCCAGAACUGGAGAUCCCAACAAAGGAGAGCUGAGUGUGCCUGUUACCUGGCCCAGAUUCACCAGCACUGGAAACCCGUACCUAGAGAUCAAUUCUAAGAUGGACAAGAACUAUGUGAGAGAGAAGUUGAGAAUGCGUUAUGUGCAUUUCUGGACCAGUGACCUGCCAAACCUUCCCACAGUCAUCUCAGAAUGAAGAGCUUUUGCAUCUGUGCAAUGGCAUUAUGGACCUGCAGAUCUAAAGUAUCACAUCAGUAUUGGCUCAUGAAAAAUAAAUUGAUGUUUAAUACAUUUAAUAUUUUUUGAUUUUAUUAGGUAAUUGUUCUUUGCCUCUCUGAAUUUACAAUAUACCUGAAUAC